GUCGUACUGUACAUGUCUUGUAUUUAUGAAGUGUGUGGAAGUGGGACGCAGCUCCAAUCUAAAUGUGUUAAGGACAGAUAUCCGCUAAUUGCUCCAACUAGAUGAAACCAGAGAAGACUUGAACAUGCUGCCCGGUGCCGAAGCCUCCUGUUUGUUUUGGCCGUAGACCGCGGUGAAAACGCUGUAGACGGUGGUCUGCGGUCUUACCUGGAGGCCAUGGUGACUGUGAACACGGUCCUGAAGGCGGUGAGCUUGUUUGUAGCCGAGUUCAUCAGCUCCAUCACAGACUGGUUCCAGACGUCGCCGACAUGGGCCAACUUGGAGGUGCUGGAGAACACGGAGCUCAAGACCACCGGAGGAGUCCACGAGCGACACAAGGCCAAAACUCUUUGGGAAAAGACCGGAGCUGUGGUCAUGGUGGUCCGACGGCCGGGAUGAUUGCUGUGCAGAGAGGAGGCUGCAGAGCUGUCCUCUCUCAAGUCCCAGCUCCAGGACCUCGAGGUGCCCCUCUUUGCUGUAGUCAAAGAAAACCUGGGCAAGGAGCUGGAUGGCUUCAAGAAAUUCUUCACAGGGAAAGUCUACGUGGAUCCGACGAGAAAUUUCUACGGCCCUCAAGAGCGCUGGAUGUUCCUUUCCAUGUUCCUGCGCAUUGGUGUGUGGAAGAACCUGUGGAGGGCCUACCGGAGGGGCUACAGGGGAAACCUACGAGGGGAAGGACUUGUGCUGGGGGGAGUCUUUGUUAUUGGGCCUGGAGAUCAGGGUAUUCUGCUGGAGCACCGUGAGAAGGAAUUUGGGGAUAAAGUCAACAUGUUGGCCGUUCUCAGAACAGCCCGCAAAUUGAGAGACGCCAUAACAAGCUAGCCUUCAUAUUGUGUGGAUUGUUAUGUAAUAGUUGUCAAAGUGAGCUUUCGGCCUCCAUUGUGAGUGACAAUGCACACUUUUACAGUUUGUCAUUUCUCGUUAUUUCUGCUCAGGAAGCUGUGUUGUUGAUUCUUGUGGGCUUUAAUGAAGAUCUGACUCUAAACUCUGCUGAGAGAGCAGCUCUGAUGUUUGCACUCAAACAAUUCAACACAUUCUCCUUGACUGUAUUAUGAGGACGAAAAACUGUUUAAGUGCUAUCACGUGAUGUUUUGAAAGCAGUGUGAUUCAGCAAUAAUAAAGCAGUGAAGUAGGCA